AUGACUUUGGUUUUCUUAUCUCUUCUUUUAACAGAUGCACGAUCUUUUAGACGCGAGGCUCUAGAACAAGAGAUCGAAAUCAAUGGCAUGAUAGUGACAGAAACUCAAACGUUUUCAUAUUCAUUAGGAGAAACAACCAGAAAUGGCUCAACCGUUCCUACUUUAACUCUAGUCGUCAUAGAUACAACAAUGAACGUAUCAGUUGAUGCUGAUAAACAAGAAUCUACUACUCCAUCAAGUUCUCAAAAGCUCGUCCUUAGACCAUAUGUCAUUCCAGGCGGUGCUUUUGCCGUUCUUCUUAUUGUCGGUUAUAUUUAUUCAAAUUGCUGCGUCCAAACUUAUUUGAUUCCAAAUUUCAGUAAAAACAAUGACUUCAAGUUUUCUGAUGAAGGCGUUGUACAUGUUGGUGGCAAAGGCCACAGAUCACGCGCUCAAACUGCAAUGCCUAACAGCAGAACUAAUUCUCGCAGAAAUUCAACACAUUCACACCAUGGACCACGCAGUAGAGCAGGUACAGUUGCUGGCGGAGGCCUAAGAUCUCGCCGUAACAGUGUUGAUAGCCAUUCUGGCCCAAGAACUUGUACUAGAUCAACUCGCCGCAGAAAUACAAGGAAUUCCAUCAGUUAUCUCAUUACUUCCGAUGAUGAAGACUUAGAGCAGCAACAGCAACAUGAGCAAGAACCACCAACAUCAAGGAAAGGAAGGACUCAUCGUUCUAACUCUACAUUCGAGAAUCCUACAUCUCGUGCACCUACAAGACAAAGAAGGAAUACAGCUCAACCUUCAGAUGCUCCAAGAAGUCGCCAAAAGAGUUCAAGUUCUGAUUCAGAUUCUUCAGAUUCUGCUCCUGCUCCACCACCAUCAUCACCAAAGCCAAAGCCAACAACCAGAUCUGCAGAUAACUCUGAAUCAUCCUCCUCUUCAUCUUCUUCAUCAAGCCCAGCUCCACAACAAAGAUCCAGAUCAAAUUCAUCACAGAGAUCAAGAAGAAACACAUCUUCGAGACGUCCAUCGGCAUCAAGAGAAAGAUCUCGUACAACUCGCGGUGAUGCUCCUUCUUCUCGCAGAAACUCAGUUUCAUCUCGUAGAGUAUCUACUUUAUCCCGCAAGAAACCAGUUUCUACUUCUUCAUCUUCUUCUUCAAGCGAAGACACUGAUGUUGGAUCAUUCUAA